UGUCAACAAAGUGAAAAUCAACAUUUUUUUAAAGGGACUUCAGGAAAUUCUUGCAUGAUUUACGCUUACAUCACCGUAAUGUAGGGCAAUCACCUUCAAGAAUAACAACAAUAUGUCUUGUAGAAGUCUCAUCAAGUUUGCCAAAUGUAAUCUGUUGCAAAGGGGAAGAAAUGUUUGCCGUUAUUUUGCAACCGGCGGAAGGUUUGUUGUCGCAAACUCUGCUGCAAGUAAGCUAAAAUAUAAAGCAAGUUUCGGAGCCCAUUGCAGGGCUCCACACAAUAAAUCAGCCUGCGAAGACGCGUAUUUUAUAUGGAAUGAAAAUGGCAUCGCAGCUUUCGGUGUUGCGGAUGGUGUCAGUGGAUGGCGACAUUCAGGCAUUGAUCCAUCAUUGUUUCCCAAUAUGCUGAUGGCAAACUGUUUAAAAUGUUUGCAAGAAAAUGGAGGCAAAAUAGACCUCAAAGAACUCUUGACUUGUGCAUACAGUGAGAUUUUGCAGAAAAAUCAAGUUGAAGCUGGAAGCAGUACAGCCUGCCUUGGUAUACUGGACAAAGCAAAUGGUCAACUCCAAACACUAAACCUAGGAGACAGUGGUUUUUGCAUUUUCCGAAAUGGUGAAAUACUUUACAAGAGUAAAGAGCAAUAUAUUGACCUAAAUGUCCCUUUCCAAGUUGGAGUGAAAGAGAUUGCGAACGGCAAGGCAAUUCCUCAUGGUAAUAGCACACAUGAUGCAGUUUUGCAUACGUUUGACAUUAAAAAUGAUGAUUUGAUAAUACUUGGAACAGAUGGUUUAUUUGACAACAUGUAUCCAAAGGAUAUUUAUGCUGCAAUUAGUUUAACUUCACCAAGAGAUGGUAUGGAUUUAAAUGGUCGCUCAAGGCAGUUAACAAAGGAAGCACUUGCACGUUCUGUUGAAUUAAAACCAGGAAGGAUCACACCAAGAGAAGAAAGACUUCAGAAAUAUGAAGAUGCGUUGAUGAUUCCUGGAGGAAACUUUGAUGAUGUGACUGCUGUUGUGGUCCAAAUUCGGGAGAUGCCUAAAUUUUAACUAUUUAUAUGACUGAAUCAGACUGAUGUAAAAGCAUACUCUACUAAGGUUCUGUCCUUGUGGGACAUUAAAUAAAAACUGCAUAUCAUAGAAGUAUCUACGAUAAUAUGAUUUAGUAUUAA